AGGGAAAGAAGCUCUUUUUCUGUCUGUUGCCACCAGAAAGAGGCGGCUUGUUUCAGAAACGACACCAUCAUAUAUUCACAGCUCGCCGUAAUGUCAAAGGUUGGAGAGCACAAACGAUUGCCGGACACGUUGUUGGAAGAGAGAAGUCCAAAACGAAAGACGGCCGCAAUCAAGUCUGAAACAGCUGAGCCAAAAAUGGUCGUCAAAAUAGAAGACGAUUCCGAUCAGGACUUGGACGGCACAUUCAUAAAGCAAGAGGAAGCUACUGGUAGCGAGGAUGAUUGGCUGAAAAAGGAGGACGACAAGUCCUUUCUGCGGAACUUACGACCAGGCGCAGUGCCCGGUUCGGAUCAAAGCAGUCAUCUGAAGCAGAAUCUGCUAACGCUGAACCUUAUAUUACAACAUUACAAACUUUCGAGCGAACUCCCGAAGUACGAGUUCACUAGAAAACCCAAGUUGAAGUUCCGGCCCCCACCAUGCACAGUGCUAGAGUUGACCAACCUGGACUUUCGUUCUCCCUUGGAUGAGCAAGUUGAAAUCGAAGACUUGUACUUCCUUCAUUUCGCCUUGUCGUACUGCAAAAAAGCAGUUGUCAUAACUGGUGCAGGUAUUUCAGUGGACUCGGGUAUACCUGAUUUCCGUUCCUCAGAGGGACUAUUCCAAGGCCUAGCGUCAAAAACAACAGGAUCAGGAAAGAACUUGUUCGAUUAUAACGUUUUUAGGCAUCCGGAGUCCAUUGGCAAAUUUGAAAAAAUGAUAGAGAAACUUUACCAUCUUUCACAGGAAUCCAAACCGUCCCCCUUCCAUCUCAUGAUAGACGAAUUGUCUAAUCAGGGGAGAUUGUUGAGGCUAUAUACGCAAAAUAUUGACUGCUUGGACAUUGAACUGCCACAUUUGAAAACGGAAAUACCGCUAACUUUCGAUAAAAACUCGAACCCUAAAGCUGUCCAACUUCAUGGAAAUGUCAAGCUGCUGAACUGCUCGAAAUGCAAUUACAUAAGUGAACUCAACCAAGAGUAUUUUAAAAGCAGAAAGUUUGGAGAAAGUAGAUUAAUCAGAUCUUGCCCUGCGUGCGAGGAAAUGAACUUAGUAAGGGAAAUUGCCGGCAAAAGACUUCAGAAUUCAGGAAUUUUGAGGCCAAGAAUCGUGCUAUACAACGAGUUUCACCCAGAUGGUGAAAUAAUAGGUACUAUAACAGAAAAAGACCUAAAAAGCAAGCCUGACUGUCUGAUUGUCACGGGAACAACAUUGAAAAUUCCCGGGGUCAGAAGGUUGGUGAAGGAGAUGGCAAAAGUUGUCCACUCAAACAAGGGUUACGUGAUAUGGAUGAAUAUCGACGAGCCACCCAAAAAUGUUAUAGACUACGUUGAUUAUUUUGAUUUGAUUGUCGUUGGUGAUUGCCAAAUGAUUCCAGGUUUGGUAAAGCUAUAUGAUCACCUAUACACAGACAGGAACAAAGUCAAUCAAAAGAUAAAGGUAAAGUCAUCUAAAGCAAAGAAAUCGACUAUAACUUUUCCUGCACCUGUGAAAGUAGAAAACAACGUAGAAUCAUGACAAGAGCUUUCUUGGUUUUGUUCUUUUUCCUAUUUCUUUUCUCAUGUAUACACACGCUAUAUAAAUGUACAUUAAUACACCUGUUCUAUUACACAUCUAUUCGAAAUCAUCAUCAU